AUGAUGUCGUCGAGAGGUAAUAACAACCUUGGAGGAGGAGGAACGGGGACAAAGUGUGGACGUUGGAAUCCAACGGUGGAGCAAGUGAAGCUUCUGACGGAUCUGUUCAAGGCGGGGUUACGAACACCGAGCACCGAUCAGAUUCAGAAGAUCUCUACGGAGCUGAGUGUCUACGGUAAGAUCGAGAGCAAGAACGUGUUCUAUUGGUUCCAAAACCAUAAAGCUAGAGAAAGACAAAAGCGCCGUAAAAUCUCCACCGUCGAUUUUGAUCAUCAUCAAGACACAUAUCUCUCUGAUCAUCCUCAUCGACACAGCCCAUGCCAUCAUCAACCACCAAUUAAAGAUUCUUUUGAUGAAGCCUGUGAGGAGGAGAAGGUGAUAAAGACAUUGCAACUCUUCCCACUACCGGAGAUUGAAAGAGCUACUAUUACUACUGCGAGCCACAACGAAUACAAAAGAGAGCAUGUGAACACGACGGUGUUUUCCACAUACUCAUCAUGUGGAGCUGAGAUGGAACAUCCGCCGUUGGAUCUGCGACUAAGCUUUCUAUGA